CGAAUAAUUUAGAAUUACCUGUAAUGUUAACAACCUAAUCUAAAAUUCCAAUUAAUUCGGCACUUUUAGUCAUUGAAUGGAGAUGUCUGAACAACGAAACGCCACGCCAACUGGGAGGGCAAAGCCGGGCGUCGGCGCCGGCGCCGACAUCGACGCCGAGGGUCGAACAGGUAUAAGCAUUCGUGCCGGCGCGACGCUCAUGAAAAGCGUUUCCAUUUUCUUGACGAGCGGUCGCAGAGCGUCGACAAACUCAAAGCGGCAGAUCUCUGCUGCUUCCGGCAAAGACGAGUCAUCAAGAAGGAGACGUCGCCGAAAGAUGCCGGAGGGCGGAGGCGUCAGGAAUUCCGCGUACAUCGUAAAAGUGAUCGAAUCCCUUAAAAAAAAGACGAGAUUCUCCAGGGUGGAACUGGAUAGUCUCUGCAAACUUUAUAAGAAAUUGACUACCAAUUCCAGCCAACAACAAGUUGGGUCGAUAUCUAUCGGCAGAAGGCCACAAUCGAGGCCAGCUGUCGAGAGAAUCGAUAGAACUAUUUUUCGAGAACUCCUUCACAAUACGUUUCACGUAAUCACCGAGGACAUUCUGGUAGAACGCUUGUUUUGCUGUUGGGAUCGAGAGAUUGAAGGUGCUAUCAGACUUGAACCGUGGAUUAUGGGACUAGACGUGUUCUUGCGAGGUAGUCUGCGUGACAAAAUCGUUUUCUGCUUUCACGUGUACGAUCUAAACAACGACGGAUACAUCACAAAAGACGAAAUCUUUCAGCUGCUCAAAAAUUGCCUGAUAAAGCAGCCCGGUGAAGAAGAUCCAGACGAAGGAGUGAAAGAUCUGUCGGAGCUGGCCUUGAAGAAACUUGACGUCGAUCACGAUGGAAAAAUAUCAUUUCGAGAUUAUGAGACAGCAGUUAUAGAGGAACCGUUAUUAUUAGAAGCGUUCGGACAGUGUCUGCCUACUGAUGAAAGCUGCGCAGAUUUCUUAGUGACUCUUCAACUCUGAAAAUAUACGUAAAAUUAAUUAUAGAAGAUAUUUUGCAUAAUAAACGUUCUUUCAAUAAGAGAUAUUUUUAACAAUUGAUAUUAGUUAUUCAUGAUAUGAGGAUUAUACCCAUGUAUCUCUCUCAAACUUCUUACUCUGUUAUGUAUUUUAUCAUUUAUCAAUAUAUGCAAUACGUAGAAAUAGGUCAGCCCGAUUGAACUCUUGUACGUGUAAUUGAGCAGAAAAUACAUCUAUUGUUAU